UCAAGCAUCGACGAAAGCCAGCCAGCCAAACACAGAGCCGAACAGCAAAAGCGGUUCUUUUCCAGUCGCAGUACGAUAGUGGCCGCAGUUCUUUUCACACAGUUCCAGCUCGUGUGAGACAACAGUACACACAGGACCGUCAAGUAUCGAGCACCGAAUCCCAUCACAAUGUUUUCUGCCUUGUUCGACGCCGCCCGCAAUUCACCUUUUAAGACUCCAUUGAGCCGAGCACAGUGUGAUGCCGGUUCCGAACGAGCGCUAGUGCCGUCCGGCGAGCAAAGGAUCCAAGCCGCUGCCAGUCGAGAAGUGGAGUUUGCUUCCAACGAAUUCUAUGCGCUGUGCGCAGUCGGUGGCAUCUUAUCCUGUGGUCUUACGCACACAGCCGUUGUGCCGCUUGAUCUGGUCAAAUGUCGCCUGCAGGUCGAUCAGGCCAAGUACAAGAAUCUGUUCCACGGGUUCAAGGUAACCGUUGCGGAGGAAGGAGCCCGUGGGCUGGCCAAAGGAUGGGCGCCAACAUUCUUCGGUUAUUCCGCCCAGGGUGCCUUCAAGUUCGGUCUGUAUGAGGUAUUCAAAGUGCAGUACGCUAAUCUGAUCGGCGAGGAGAAUGCCUAUCUGUACCGGACCUGGCUGUAUCUGGGCGCUUCGGCUUCGGCGGAAUUCUUCGCCGAUAUUGCACUGGCUCCGCUGGAGGCUGCCAAGGUAAAGAUCCAAACCACCCCCGGAUAUGCCAACACGAUGCGUCAAGCCAUGCCCAAGAUGAUGGGCGAGGAAGGUAUUACCGCAUUCUACAAGGGCCUGGUUCCACUCUGGUGCCGGCAGAUUCCGUACACCAUGAUGAAGUUUGCCUGCUUCGAGCGUACUGUCGAGCUGUUGUACAAACACGUGGUACCGAAGCCACGCGCCGAUUGCAGCAAGGGUGAGCAGCUGGUUGUCACAUUCGCUGCCGGAUACAUUGCCGGAGUGUUCUGUGCCAUCGUGUCCCAUCCGGCCGAUGUUGUUGUGUCUAAGUUGAACCAGGCUAAGGGUUCAAGCGCAUUCGAUGUGGCCAAGAAACUCGGUUUCAUGGGAAUGUGGCAUGGAUUGACGCCACGUAUCAUUAUGAUCGGUACACUAACCGCGUUGCAGUGGUUUAUCUACGAUGGAGUGAAAGUAGCACUGUCGAUCCCGCGUCCACCACCUCCAGAGAUGCCGGAAUCGCUGAAGAAGAAGCUCGGUGUCGAAUAGAGUGGCCAGCAGUCAGUGUUUAUUUGUGUGUGCACCGUGAUAGUGCUAACCAUCGAAGUGAUUAGAUAUUAAGCUUUUUAUUCCAGUUCGAAUCAACGAACUCAACAACAAAGUGUAUCACAAAUCGUGCAUAGGCAGUGCAAGCUGUGUAAGAGCAAAGUAAUAAACAGGACGUUCUACUAAAACCAACA